CUGUCUCCUUGGACACUGGUGUCUUUGUCCUCAGAGAUGACCAUUUUCUGGCUUAUGAGCACGCUCAAUUUGUUGAUCCUGUGGGAGGAGCCAGGCACUGAGGCGAUGACCCUGAACUCACGCCUCCUCUGUCAGGUGUCAGGACGAGGAGCAUCAGGAGGCAUCCAGUCCUACCAGAGGAGCAGGAGGAGCUGGGUGUGGAACCAGUUCUUUGUCCUGGAGGAGUUCCAAGGAGACGAGCCGCUUUAUGUCGGGAAGCUUCACUCUGACAUGGAUAAAGGUGAUGGUCAGGUGAGGUACGUCCUGAGUGGUGAAGGAGCGAUGUCCAUCUUCAGCAUCGAUGAGAAUACAGGAGACAUUCACGCCACCAAGAGGCUGGACCGGGAACAGCAGGCGUACUACACCCUCAGAGCUCAGGCUCGAGAUCGAAAGACCAACCAGCUGGUCGAACCCGAGUCCCAGUUCAUCAUCAAAGUACAGGACAUCAAUGACAACGAGCCCAAGUUCCUGGAGGGACCUUAUAUCGCCAGGGUGGCUGAGAGGUCUCCUAUAGGUACGUCGGUGGUGACGGUGGCGGCUACAGACGCUGAUGAUCCAACAUAUGGAAACUCUGCAAGACUAAUUUACAGCAUCUUGCAGGGUCAACCAUACUUCUCUGUGGAGCCAAAGACAGGUGUGGUGCGGACAGCUCUUCCAGACAUGGACCGGGAGGUGCAGGACCAUUACCUGCUGGUUGUCCAGGCCAAAGACAUGAUUGGUCAGAUGGGUGGUCUGUCAGGAACAACCUCCAUCACCGUGAUGCUGACAGACGUCAACGACAACCCGCCUCGCUUCCCCCGUAAGAGCUACCAGUUCAGGGUCUCAGAAUCAGUCCUAGUUUCAGCUGUGGUCGCUAAGAUCAAAGCUAUGGAUCUGGAUGUUGGUCCAAAUGCUGAAAUGGACUACAGGAUCCAGGACGGAGACGGAGCAGGAACCUUCAGCAUCAUUACGGACCAGAGCACACAGGAAGGACUGAUCACAGUACACAAGACUCUGGACUUUGAGACAAAGUCGAGCUACAUGUUGCGUGUCGAGGCGUCCAAUCGUUACGUGGAUGCUCGUUUCCUGUCAGCGGGUCCGUUCAGCGACAUGGCAACAGUUCGUCUGCUGGUGGAGAAUGUAGACGAGCCUCCAAUGUUCUCCGCCCCCGUCAGUCAGAUGGUGAUCUCUGAGGGCGCUGCCGUGGGAACUGAUGUAGGAUCAGUGUCAGCUCAUGACCCAGACUCCACCAACAGCCCCAUCAGGUACUCUAUAGACAGGGAAUCAGAUGUGGAGUGUUAUUUUAACAUCGACAGCCGCUCUGGUGUGAUCACAACUGCCCGUCCUCUGGACAGAGAGACUGUCUCUCUGCACAACAUCAGCCUCCUCGCCACAGAGAGCUUGGAUCAGUCUCAGGUUGGGAAAGCUGUUGUUCUAAUCUCUGUGACAGACGUGAACGACAAUGCUCCAAGCUUCGCUGUUGAGUACGAAACAUUCGUCUGUGAGAACACAGAACCUGGACAGAUCAUUCAGACUUUGAGUGCUGUGGAUCGUGAUGAACCAGAAGAUGGUCAUCACUUCCUGUUCUCUUUGACCGCUGAGGCUGCUGGGAAUCUCAACUUCACCCUGAGAGAUAAUAAAGACAACACAGCUUCUGUCCUGACUCAGCAUGGUGGUUUCCUGCAGCGGGAUCAGCUGGUUCACUUCCUGCCGGUGGUGAUUUCAGAUGGCAGCAGUCCGUCUCUCAGCAGCACCAACAUGCUGUCCAUUAUUGUCUGCACCUGUGAUGUCACCGGAAACCGUCGCUCCUGCAGUCAUGAUACAUCCCCACUGCUGGUGGUCGGCCUCAGCACUGCCGCCACCGCUGGCAUCCUCACCUGUGUCCUCACUCUGCUGGGUGUUGUCAUAGUAACAGUUGCUGUCCGACACAGGAGGAGAGAACCUCCGAUGAUAGAUGAUGAGCGAGACAUUCGUGAGAACAUUGUUCAUUAUGAUGAUGAAGGUGGAGGUGAGGAGGACACUGAGGCCUUCGACAUGCUCACUUUAAGACACCUUGACAAAACAAAACCAAGCCAUCAAGACCAAAACCAGAACCUGCCAAGACUCCACAGCAGAACACAGCAGUACAGGGCUGAUAAGGACCAGCUGUUUCAGGAGUUCAUCAGGGACAGACUGCAGGAUGCAGACCUGGACCUGAAGGCACCUCCUUACGACUCUCUGCAGACCUACGCCUUCGAGGGAAGCGGGUCGGCUGCCGAGUCGCUCAGCUCAUUAAACUCGCUUGACUCAAAAAAUUCUUUAGAGUCCGAGCAGAACUAUGAUUUCCUGAGAGCGUGGGGGCCGAGGUUCAGGAAGCUUGCAGACCUCUAUGGAAAUGAGAUAGGGGGCGUUGCCUCAUCGCCCUCAGACAGCCCCUACGACAGGUGUGUCAAGACCACAGGGACGGGGGUGUGGCUAAAGUAAGAACUUCGUGUUUAAUCUGUCUCUUGUCUUUAUCUGAGGCAUCUGAACUGGAUCAGGAUCACAUGUGGAUCAGGAUCAGAGUGCUGUCAGAGGUGUUUCUGAUACCCUGAAACUGAAUCACAGCAGAGUUCAGGACAUCCUGUGUAUUUAAAACCGAGGAUCCGUCACAUGAUGGAUGACUCCAUCUCAUUUUGGGGGUGAGAAUCAUACUUUAAUCUUCACUUUCAUAACAAGAGAAACUACUUCUUCAUUGUGGAAACAGUGUAAAUUCCUCUUUGAAGGCAAUAAGUGUGAAUAAUUCAUAAAUUAUCAUCAUAAGUCAUGUUUCCAUACAACAACUUCGAUGUAUACUGAACUGAAAAACUGAAUCCUAACAGCAAAGUGAACAGAAGGAAUGACCCAAACUCUCACCCUGAGACAUAAAAAGUCACUGUCAGUGUGGUAACUGAUGCUCAGGACAGUUUUCUGCUGAUCGAGUACAGUCACACAGUACAGCACUAUGACUGCAAACUAAAACUAACACUGUUACUGGACAACCAGAGGUAGCAUCAGCUACAUCAAGUCUCUGUGCGAUACACACAGGAGAGGGAGCUGCUGAGUCGAGGAGAGGAGGGCUUUUUCUGUGUCCCUCAGCAAAAGGUUAGGGUGUCCCAAUUCCCUGCUCAGUCACCCUGCAGGCAGACAAUCAGCUGUACUGUCACCUUGUUCCAAAACAAAUGUGGAGCCAACCAGCAACACAAGAUAUUUGUGCUUAAAAGUUAAAUAGCUUCAGAUUUGGUGGAUCCUGACGGAGGCAUGUAGAUUCUCCAGAGGGAACUUCAGGUACAGCUGUUUACAAGUACUUCUAAAGUUCUACCAAUUCAAUUUAAAAUUCUUUAAAUUAAAUUAAAGGGAAUUAAAGGCGAGUUGAAAGGAGAGUUGUUGUACACAGACACAAAUAAGUCAGCAUGUUAAGUACACAGAGACAAAAUAAGUCAGACAGCAUAAAAUAGAUGGAGCUCAACAGGGAACAACGGUUAAUCUCCUCCUCUGUGUCCUGCAGCCCAGCAGCAGAGCUGACAUCCUGAGGGGAACCAAUCAAACACUAGGAACAGAGCUAAGAGCUGCUCACAAACAGUGCAAAGUGCUCUGACCGACAGUCCAGUGAUUUUAGAGCAGACUCUGAGUUUGCUUUGCAGGCGUGUCCUGUUUUGCAGGAGUGAAACCAGCAGGUGAUGGAGAAAGUGAUGACCCUCUCUGUGAAGGAGAAAUGUCUGUAGAAUGUUCUUUUUUCCCCCAAAGUGUUGAGCUGCUGGCAUCACCUGAGGAUCUCCUCAGUGUUGGAGGCAGAUGUAAAGGUACUGUGCCCAGGUAUUUGUCCUCCUCCACGAGCUCCACACUCCUCCUGUGGAUUGUGCUGAAGGCAGCUGCAGCCAGCUCCAUCUGCUUUCUGGAAAAGGUCACCACGAUCUCUUCAGUCUUCUCUGUCUUUAAAGGGAUAUUCCAGUGUAAAUU